CAAAACAGCAACACAAUAUGAACGACAGUGAACCAGAGAGAGAGCUACGAAGAAUAACAUUGUUUGCAUACUUCAAACCACCCACCCAUCCAUCUAAGCAUCCACAACAAUGUGGAUCGAGAUUGUCCUGGCCUUUAUAGGCCUAUCUAUUUCGUUGUACAAGUACAUGACCAGAAAGUACACGUUCUUCAGGGAUCAAGGCAUUCCAUUCUUGACUCCAUCUUUUCCAUUUGGCUCCUCCAAUGUUAAAGACCUUUUGCUGGGGAAAAUUUCGGUGGUCGAUAUCAGCAAUCGCAUUUAUUGGGAUUAUCCCAAUGACAAGGUUGUUGGCCAGUUCCAAAUAGGAACACCACAAGUUGUGAUCAAUGACUUGGACUUAGCCAAAUGCAUUUUGGUCAAAGACUUCGAUCAUUUCAUGGAUAGGAGAAAAGUGCCAACCGACGGUAAAAGCCAACGAAAUAAGGUGUUCAGUACGAUGCUGACGAGCUUGUGCGGGGAUCAGUGGAAAACCAUGAGAAGCAUCGUUUCCCCAAUUUUUACCAGUGGCAAACUCAAGUCCAUGACCGUCUUGGUUAACAAUGUUGGUGAUGACUUUGUUCAAUAUCUGUCCAAAUUCAGUGAAAGUGGAGAGCCUUUCAACGCAAAGGAUACUUUCACGAACUUUACUUUGGAUUCAAUAGCCUCAUGUGGCUUCGGAUUUGAGGCUCGGAGCCUGAAGAACACGGAUAGUCAAUUCAGAAGCAUGAUAACCAAAUUGACUGAUGUUAACCAAGUUCUUCAAUUUGGCCAAUACGCUUUCAUGGCCCUUUUUCCAUCUUUGUCCAAGAUGAUGAAUGUUGAGCUGGAUCUUUUCAAUAGAGAGGCGGGAAACUUUGUCUUGGACGUUUUAGGCCAAUGCAUAAAAGAGCGGAGAAAUUCAAAGGUCCGAAGGAACGAUCUACUGGAUCUCCUAUUGGAUGCCUUGGAAGCUGAUCGCCAAGGAAUUAAGCAAGAACUUGAGAAAGAUCAAUACGACCAAGAUGCUGCUAUUCAUGUCUCAAGGACAAGUUCCAUCCCGGAUGAUGAAAUUGAACUCUUCCUUUUGUCCAACGCUUUCAUUCUGUUCUUUGCCGGGUUCGACACAUCCUCCACAAUUAUGAGCGUUGCCUCCUAUUUCUUGGCAACUCAUGAAGAUGUCCAAGAGAAAUUAUACGACGAAAUAAGUGAAGCUAUUGCUCAGAAUGAUGGCAGUGAUGUUUUGGACUAUACCACCGUUCAAGCACUACCUUAUUUGGACAAAGUGGUCCACGAAACCUUGCGAAUCUAUCCCCUGACCAUUAUUGAAAGAGCGUGCGUGAAGGACUACCAAAUCCCCGGAACCAACUUCGUGAUUGAAAAGGAUAUGUUAGUCCAAAUCCCAUCCACGGCCAUCAUGAAGGAUCCCAAGUACUACGACAAUCCCAACGAGUUUGAUCCGGAGAAUUUCAGCCCCGAAGCCAAGGCCAAAAGGAAUCCAUACGCUUUCCUGGCCUUUGGCCAAGGCCCUCGUAACUGUGUAGGAAUGCGAUUUGCUCUGCUUCAAGUCAAGAUAUCACUGAUUCGUCUCUUGGCCAAUUACAAACUCGAGCGUUGUUCCCAAACUCUCACCGAACUCAUUCCCGAUCCCAAAUCUAUAACUAUUCAGCCUAAAGGAGACAUACUACUCACGAUUUUGCCACGAUAAAUGAAUAAACUCUGGCUUUCAGA